AAAUGGAAAUCAUCUCUGGAAUGAAACCCCGGCCCUGGACUAUAAAAGUGGACGGAAGAUCACCGAUUUGUAUCACAGUACGUUAAGCAUCCACGUCAGCAGUAGUGUUUCGUAGCAAUACCAGUCUCUGCCAACUGCCAAAGAUGAAGAGCUUCGCUGCCCUAGUCAUAGCCGCCAUCAUGCUGGCCGCGGACGGCUCGGUUAUUCCGCUGUUACUACCAGGUCCGAUAGCUAUCCCAGCCCCCGCUGGGCUUGCCAUCCCAGGGGCAACCGUUGUGCAAUCGAAUCCACCACCAGCCAUUCUACUCCCAGCACCGCUAUCUGCAAUCACCGUCGACGCCUCAGGCGCUCCAGCUGUCAUCCUAGCAGGAGCCCCAGCUGCGCCCGCAGUUGUUGCCAUUGCUCCAGUUCCAGCUGCUACCUCGGUUUCGGCUACCCGUGGUGCCGUUCACGUAGCGCCACUGCCAGGACACGCCGUCUCACAGCAACAGCUCAAUCUGGCUCCUGCCCCGGGAGCGGAAUAAAAUGCUCAUCACCGAGCGACCAAGACAGAUCCGCGCGCAUGCCAACAGUUACCGACCCAGAUCGCCGAAGCCCACCAUCGGAAUGGAGCCUUGUUCGAAACGAUCGGAGAUUCCAUCUGGGGUGGGUGAGUUCGUAGUCCCGCUAUCCCGAUGAUCCAAACUCCACAAGUAUGAUCCAAUAAAUUGCGAAGUUUUAAAGCAACAAGGUA